AGGAGACGUACAUCUGGCACGUCAUAGGGGAAACAAUGCAAAAGCGAAAUGGUCAGCAGGUAAUUUAACUCGAAGAUUUGGUAGGAAAUCAAUUGAAACAGCCACGAUAGAAGAAACAGUUUGUCCGUAAAAUGGAGUAUGUUUAUGAGAUUGACCCGAGGAGCCUUGCUGGUAAACCAGGUUCUGUUUCGCUAAGAAAAGACAAGCAGAAUUUGAUUGGAAUCAGCAUUGGGGGUGGUGCACCACUUUGUCCUUGUCUGUAUGUUGUUCAAGUUUUUGAUAACACGCCUGCUGCCAAGGAAGGGACAUUGCAAGCUGGUGAUGAGAUUGUUGGAGUCAAUGGUAAAUCAAUGAGAGGGAAGACAAAAGUUGAUGUCGCUAGAGCCAUACAAUCCAUUAAGGAAGAAGUAACAAUUCAAUAUGUAAAGCUACAUGCUGACCCUAAAGAAGGAAAAUCCUUAGAUAUAGUUAUGAAGAAAAUGAAGCACAGAAUAGUGGAGCACAUGAGCUCCACAACUGCAGAUGCCCUUGGUUUAAGCAGAGCAAUUCUAUGUAACGAUGGUUUGGUGAAGAAAUUAGAAGAGCUGGAACAGAAUGCUCAGAUAUACAAAGGUCUUUUUGAGCACACCAGAAGGCUGCUUCAGAGUUUCUUUCACAUGUCUGUAUUACACAAAGAAUUAGGGGACAUAUUUGCAGCUAUAGGAGUGCGUGAAUUACAGUCAAACUCCAGUGAAGCCUUUGCUACAUUUGCAGAUUGCCACAGAAAUUUUAACAAAUCUGGAAUGCAUUUUUUGAAAACUGUGAAGCCCAUGCUAAGUGAUCUUAACACUUAUUUAAUCAAGGCUAUUCCUGACACAAAGCUCACAAUAAAGAAGUAUGCAGAUGCCAAAUUUGAGUACUUGUCAUAUUGCCUGAAAGUAAAAGAGAUGGAUGAUGAAGAGUAUGGCUAUGCUGCACUGCAUGAGUCAUUGUAUCGAGUUGAAACUGGAAAUUAUGAUUACAGGGUUGUUCUGCGAUGUCGACAGCUUGCUCGAGAAAGGUUUGCAAAAUUGAGAUCUGAUGUCCUUGUUAAAUUGGAGCUCCUGGAUAACAAGCAUGUGCAAGACAUUGUUUCACAAUUGAAACGAUUUCUGACAGCAAUGACACUCUUCCACCAAGAAAGCGAAGAUCAUUUGAAAGGAGCAAAUGUAUUCCCAAUUGAAGUCGAUUUAAGUUCAGGGACUCUUGGUAACACUUUCAACAAAUAAAAAGUGCCUGCCAAUUUCAGUAUUGUAUCAUAAAUAAAUUUAUUUUAUUAAGUCUUCCCUUGAAUUAAAUUUAUUUAAAGCCAAGCUUUUAUUUGAGGCAUCUAAAUAAAUCUCGCGAGUCCUAACUGACCUCCUUCCGUAGGCAAUACAACAAUAUGUUAAUCCAAACACGCUAAAAGGACUGUAGAGAAAGGGGCAACGCACCAAAAAGGGCAGUAGCAAAAUAAAGGAAAUUGCUAAAUUUUUCGUUGGCAAAGGGGCAAACGCCCCCCCUCUCUAGACUACCUGGAUUAAAGCAUAUUAAUCAUACGACAGCCCGUCCUUUUCAUGCAUAUUUGAUGAAUGGUCCCUACUAUGCGUUAAAUAACACGCAACCCCCACCCCCUCCAUCGACUCGCCCGUCAAAAGAUGUUUUGAAGGUGCUGCCAUACUCUAAAGUUGAAGUUUUCACAAAAUUUGAUUAGCUUUUGGCAAGUUUAGGUGUUUAAAGGUUUUCCCAUUUAUUUCUUGGACUGACUUGUAAAUUUUCCUUGUAAGUUAGACAGUGAGUACAAAUUUAAACUGUUAGCUCUUUAUCAAAGCAAAAUAUGAAAUUUCUCAAA